AUGGACGACGAACUCGAUACAUCGAAAAUAAAAAGUUGGCGAUCAAUCAUCACCCUAAUCAUUUUUGUUAUAACUAAUAUCAUUGUCCUUUUCCCAUUUCAUAUCCCAAUAUACGUGCCUCGAUGGCUUACGAACGGGCUUCUGGACCUAUUGAGUGCCAUGCGCAUAAUAGCUCCCCGGACUCCCCCUGGACCCAAUGACAAGCAAUCCAUCUUUGUGAAACUUCGCUUUCCAUUGAACUUCAUUACGGCACCUUUAAUAGCCGAUCUCUUCCUUCUCGCCAUUUUGGCUAUUGGCCGAAAAGAGGUACAUGAUGGAAUAGUCGGGGCAGAUAACAUUAACCCCAUUGAUAUCAUGGUCUUCUUCCUCACACUCGCUUACAUUGCCAUCUCGAUUGACGCCUCUGGUCUCAUCCGAUACCUAGCCUUUAAGGUUCUCCAAAAGGCAGGCAAGGUCGGCCACCGACUAUUCUUCUACCUCUUUAUCUUCUUUUUCGGGCUGGGCAGCUUCAUCGGAAAUGACCCGAUCAUUCUGUCGGGUACAGCAUUCCUCGCAUAUAUGACCCGUGUAUCAAGCAAUAUCGUCCACCCUAGAGCCUGGAUCCACAGCCAGUUUGCCAUAGCCAACAUCGCCUCCGCGAUUCUUGUCUCUUCCAACCCCACCAACCUGGUCCUUGCUGGUGCUUUCAAGAUCAAGUUCAUUGUCUACACAGCCAACAUGAUCGUUCCCGUAGUUGUGACGGCAAUCGUUCUUUUCCCGUUCCUGCUGUAUAUCAUUUUCGCUGAUGAAACCCUCAUCCCCCUCUCCAUCACAAUGCAUGAGUUGUCUGAGGACCAAAAGAAAAAAGCACCCGUGAACCCCAACAUUCCUAAUGCCAGAGGAACCGCCGAAGAGAAAGAGGAUGCCGACGAUAACGAGGGAAAGCAACUCUCACUAGAAGAGAUCAUGAACCCGUUCUUAGACAAAAAGGGUGCAUCUUUCGGGGGGAUCAUCAUGGCCGCAACGCUUAUCACCGUCCUGGCAAUCAAUGCAUCAGGCAAAGAAAAACCCGUCUUCUGGGUCACAUUACCCGCUGCUUUUGUUAUGUUCUGCUGGGAUAUCGUGUUCGGUUGGCUCCAUCGCCAUGACACCCGUGAGAUUGCCGCCAAGGGUCGACAGGAGGUUGAGGAGGCACAGGCAGAGCGAAACAUGCGCAAGCGAGAGGAAGAACAGCAAGCAUUGUCAGAAAAUAUGGAUCCGGGGAUUUUGCGGUCGGCCCAGUCUGAGCAAUAUGAUGCUUCAGGCCUGCGCCACCGCAGUGAGCACACAGAUGGCGACAUGUCGCUUAAGAGCACCAAUAGUGAUAUCGCUUCAAAGGAUGAUUGCGGAACUCCAUUAUCACUCUCUGUCCUCGAUGACAACGAAAAGUUUCCGGCACUGCAGCCACUAGGCAGUGUUACAAUGGACAGCAAACACCUAGCUCACGCAACUUCUCCAGAGGCACUAGACUCGAGACAAACCACAUACACGAUAGAUGAGGAGAAGUGGAGAUAUCCAAAUGAUCAGGACCACGGCCCCCACACGUUGGUGUCGCUCGCUGCUGAUCUGCACCGCUGGUCACAGGAGACAUUUCCGACCAUGACGGUCGUUGUAUCCCACAUGCCUUUCGCACUGGUACCGUUCGCUUUUACGAUGUUUAUCCUGGUGCAGGCUCUUGUUACAAAGGGCUGGGUGCCGGUUUUCGCGUACGGAUGGGAUCACUGGGUAGAAAAGACCGGGACAGUAGGCAGUAUCGGUGGAAUGGGAUUCCUAUCUGUGAUUCUGUGUAAUUUUGCUGGCACAAACAUCGGUACUACGAUUCUCCUUUCGCGUGUUAUCCAAGCAUGGCAAAAGAUUCACGAAGUCAGUGGAGUCCCCAUCACCGAUCGCACAUGGUGGGCCACUGUCUACAGCAUGGCGCUUGGAGUCAAUUAUGGCGCAUUCAGCACUGCGUUUAGUGCUUCCCUGGCGGGGCUGCUGUGGAGGGAUAUCUUGGCGAGAAAGCACAUCCGUGUCGGCAGUCUGGAAUUUGCCCGUGUGAACCUCCCCAUUAUUGCUAUCUCUAUGGUGAUUGGAUGUGCAGUUCUCGUUGGAGAAGUGUAUAUUGUCAGAAGCGAUAAACCAUACGUUCCCGCUUGA